AUGACCGAGCCGGAGAACUUUGAGGAGGAUCUCUUCGCCGACCUCUACGACGAUGAUACCCCCGCGAAGGCGGCUGCCGCCUCGGAGCCCGCCGCGGCGCCCGCUCCUGCCGCAGCUCCCGUCCAGACCCAUGAAACAUACGCCGAGCCGCCUCCUUCAGCCGAGCCAGAUCACGGUGCUGAUGAUCAGAUGAGGUACGAAGACGAGGAUGAUGAUGAUGAGGUAGACUUCAACCUUGGCGGUGGAGGCGGAGGUGGCGGCGGCAAUGGAGGCGCGACGACCUCGCACGCGCAUCCGUCAAACGGAAUGGGCGCAGUUAAGCACGAGGAGCCAACAUACUCGACGAGCACGGCCAAGAACCCUAGUGCCAAGGAAGACGGGAAAAUGUUUAUUGGCGGCCUCAACUGGGAGACUACUGAUCAGUCCCUUCGAGACUACUUCUCGCAGUUUGGCGAGGUCGUUGAGUGCACAGUCAUGCGCGACAGUAGCACUGGCCGGUCGAGAGGUUUUGGCUUCCUCACGUUUAGAGACCCCAAGACCGUGAACAUUGUCAUGGUCAAGGAGCAUUUCUUGGAUGGCAAAAUUAUCGACCCGAAGCGUGCUAUUCCCCGCGACGAGCAAGAGAAGACAAGCAAGAUUUUCGUUGGCGGUGUGAGCCAGGAGACCACCGAUCAAGAGUUUAAGGACUACUUCCAGCAAUUCGGUCGCGUGGUUGAUGCCACGUUGAUGAUGGAUAAGGACACGGGUCGGCCCCGUGGGUUUGGAUUCGUUACUUUUGAGAGCGAAGCUGGCGUGGAGGCCUGUCUGAGCACAAGUCUCGAGAUUCAUGGCAAGCCGAUUGAGGUCAAGAAGGCCCAACCGCGAGGCAACCUCCGGGAGGAGGAAGAGGCUGCCCGUCGCGGUGGAGGCAAGUUCCGCAAGGGAGAAGACGCCGCUAGUCAGGGCGGCAUGGGAGGCGGCCAGAUGGGCGCUGCCGGUGGCAUGACGCCGCAAGUCAUGGCCCAAUAUUUCCAAAGGAUGCAGCAGUAUUUUGCCAUGAUGCAGCAGCAGAUGGCUAUGAGCCGCGGCAUGGGACCGAUGAACCCGGCCAUGAUGCAGCAAAUGAUGCAGAUGCAGCAGAUGCAGCAAAUGCAAAACCAGAUGAUGGGUCGCGGCGGCGGCGGCAAUGGACAGAACAUGAUGGGCCAGAUGACGCCACAGAUGAUGCAGCAGAUGCAGCAAAUGCAACAACAGAUGCAGCAGCAGAUGGGACAGCAGAUGGGACAGCAGGGUGGACCUCCCGCAGGACCCAGUGGCAGCUUCAGCCCCCAACAGCAGAUGUUCGACCCAUCUCAAGGAGGUCAAGCGCAGCAGCAAGGACCGCGACGGGGCGGCAGCACCGGCAGCGGUGGUGGACGUGAUCAGUACAAUAACAACAACAACAACAACCAGGCAGCCUACAACAUGGGCGGCGGAGGCGCUCCGACAUCUUGGGAGGGCAUGUACGACGACGUGCCCCAGCCCAACAUGAACCCUGGGGGCGGCCGUGGAGGUGGCUUCAACCGUGGUAAUCGGGGCGCACACCAGGGAUCGCCAGACCCUGCGCAUGCCCCGCCUGCCAACGCGCCUACGGGCCCCAAGAACGCGGGCAAGCCAGGCGCCAACUACCGCGGAGGCGGACGCAGCAGCAACCGCGGUUUCCACCCUUACUCGCGUUAG